AUGCUGUUCUUCAAAACCGCAACGGCGCGAGUCCAGAUCCCCGACUCCGCCUCGAACACAGAGCUGGACCGGCGCCAGUGGCUUAAGCAGCAGUCCAAGUCCAGGCGGCGGAGGCAGCAGCGCGGCUCCGUCUCCCGCUCGUCGUACGACUCGGACGCCUCCUCCUUGGCCGGCGACGACUCCGACACCUGUUCCGUCGCGUCCACCUCUUCCCGCCUCUCGAUCGUGUCCACGCCCGAGAUCUCCGGGCGAAAAUGGCAGACGAGGAAGCAGCAGCAGCAGCAGCAGACGCCGCAGCAGCGCAGGUCCAACAGCCUCAGGUCUUCCCUCGGGCGACCCGCUGCCACCCCCUUGGUAGGGUCACCCGGCAGCAGCGUUAGUGGCGGCGGCAGCCGGCGUUCCUCCUGGUCGACGGCGUCCAUGUCGGCGGUGGGCACGCGGCCGCGGGGCACCCUCACGCGGACCAACUCUUCUUCGUCGCUGUCGUCGGAGCUGUCGAUGACGCUGCUGCGGUGGUGUGCCGUGUGCGAGGGCGAGUUCACGCAGCUGCGUCGCCCGCACAGGUGCCGCCGGUGCCUCGAGCCGGUCUGCGCGCCGUGCUCGCCCGCGCGCCUGCCCGUGCCCGGCGCCGGUAGCUUGGAGCUCAAGCGCACCUGCAAGCUCUGCGUCGGGGACGACGCCGCCGCGGCGCCGCGGGUCGGUGCCGCGACUCCUUCCCGCCGCCCGAAGGCGGUCGGCGCGGCGGCGGCACCGUCUCCCCGCGUCGCCCGCAUCACGAAGCGCCGCUCGGCGAGCAUGGGCAGCGCCGCUCGAGCCCCCGUCGGGAUCCUCUCGAAGCCUGUCUACGCUGAUACGGCCGGAUUGAAUCCGGCGGCGGCGGCGGCAUCGUCCCCCGGUCCCGCGGACAAGGUUGCGGGUGCUGCCGUCGAACCAGGGGAGGUAGAGGGCGUCUCGGGCACGGGUGGCGGUGGUGGUAGCGAGAGAGGUAUUCCGGCGGCAUCUCCCGUUCCCGCGGACAAGGCUAGAGGCUCUGCGGAACCCAAGCCACAAGCCCGCGGGGGCAGCACCCCUCGAUCCCGGUUCGGGAUCCUCUCCAGGGUUGCCUCCGUCGUUACGGCCGGGCUGUAUCCGGCGGCGGCAUCAUCACCCCCUAGUCCCGCGGGCAAGGCUGGAGAAACUGCUGCUGUAGAACCAGAGGCAGUAGGCGUCUCCGGUAAGGAUGGCGGCGACGGCAGCGAGAGCGGUAUGCCGGCGGCGUCGUCCCCCGGUCCCGGGGACAAGGCUGGAGACUCUGCUGCUGUAGAACCAAAGGCAGAAGCCAGCGUGGGCGUCGUCGCGGGCAACGACAGUGGCGGCGAGACCGGGGCCAACGCCGGCAUGGAUGACGAUGAAGAAGAGUUCUUCCUUGCGGCCGAUGACGUCGAAGCCGACGGCGGUGGAGGUGGCGCAGCGCCGCCACCUCGCGCUGCUUCGCCUCUUGAGGGUGAGCGCGCCGCCGCGCCGCCGCCGCCGUUAGCGCCGAAGGGAGACGACUACGGGGCGGGUGCAGCGGCGGGGACACCUGGCGCCGCAGGGAGCCCCCCGGCGGUGGCGGCGGGCGAACUCGACACGGCGGGAAGCUCCCCGAUUGCUCCGACCGAGGAGAACGGCGCGGCAGACGCCGAGCGAAGAGGCGUGUCGCUGAGGCUGCCGCCGACCGCACUAGGGUCCCGUUCCCAAGCGGCUGAGCCAACCGCGAGCGACCCCCUGCACGAGAUUUUCGCUCCGCGGGAAAACUCGGGGGCCUACGCGGACGCGAUGGAGGAGGAGGUGGAGAUGGAGGAGGAGGAGGAGACGGUGGCUUUGGAACUGCGGGCGGCUGGCGGAGAAGGACCGGCGGCGACUGCAGCCGUUGCCUCGGAGGCCACGGAGGCUGGUAAACCCGCUGGCACCGGAUUGGCCGCCGCCGCCGCUGCUAUCGCGGAAGAUGUCGUCGUCGCCGGCGUCGAUGGCGCAGAGAAUGCCUCCACGAUGACAGCACCCCCCGCUGAUGCAGUGGACGGCGAGCCCGUUAAUGUUGGGAUCGCCGAGGAGUUGGGCGAUGGGGCUGUCGCCGGUGUGAGCAGUCCUCCUCCGGUGGACGUGAAUGUGUUCGCUCCGUUGGCCGACUCAGACGUAGUGCCUUCGAAAAGUGCGGGUGCGCUCGGCGCCGACGGUGCGGCGUCCGUGGACCCGGCCGUUGGCGUCGACGACGCCCCGCCCCCGGACCCUACAAGCGCCGCUUCUGUACCGGACGAGGCUUCGUCCGAGCUUGGGGGGGGCGCUUCCGGCGAACACUUGCUCCCUGUCGCAGUCGCGAACGCUGGAGUCGGCGGCGCUGCCGAUGUGGCGUUGUUGGGGGCCAAUGGUGCCGCCGCUGUAGUAGGUCCGUCGGGUGACGAACCACAUGAUGUUGAGGUUCCCUCUGGAGGCGUGGACGCCAGCCCGUCCGUGGCUGACGAGCCCUCCGUUUCGGUGGUCGGGAAGACGUCGCCGCACAGGAAGACGCAGGCCUUGGGUGACGACGGGGUCGUGGCCCCGCCUUCUCUACCUGGAGGCGUUUCCACGUCCGUCGGCGGCGACGCCCCGCCCGACGCCGUUGGCGCUUCCGGUGAGGUCUCCGCGCUGCCACACGGCAGCGGCGCUACCCGCUCUGCACCCGAGGGCUCCAUAACAGAAGUCGUCAUACCCGUGUCUCCUGGCGUCGACACCGAGUCGCCUGACGGGCCUGGGAGUGUUGGUGCCGCACCUGACGUGAGCGUCUCGGCAUCGCCCGCGGUCGUUGCCGCUGGCCUGGACGCGACCUCGGGCAACUCCGUCGCGGAAGCGCCGGCACCCGGUGUUGGGUCCGUACCUGAGGUUUCAGAUUAUUCUGCUGUGCCCCCCGAUAGCAGUGUGUCGAGCGCAGGGGAGGGUGUCGAGCUCCCGGGAGAAACGGCCGUGCUGCCGGAACACGUUGCCGGCGGUGCCGUCGACGACCACGAGCCUUCGGCCGACUCUACCGGCCAGAUGGCGGCGAUACGGGACACGCUGACCACACCCUCCUCCGUCGUCGAGGUUAGCGCUUCGGAUCCCGCCGCCGCCGCCGCCGCCGAUGUGCCCUCGGGCGACGCGAGCGCGACAAUGCCGCCGGACAUGAAUGAUGUCGAGGGCGGUGACGCCCCCCCCGUCGCUGGACUCGCUGCUGCGAGUAGCGACGCCGCGGCGGUCGGCGAUGACAAGGUACCUCGCGAAGGCGGCGCCGGCGACCUGUCUGCUCUGCAUGGGUCGGACGGCACGCAGCCGCCACCGCCGCCGGAGGAAAUCCCCGUGCUGCCAAGCGUGGCGAGCAGCUCGCCGCCGGAUCACGAUGAUGCGGGCGAAGGAGAAAUGCCCGCCCCCGAAAACGGUGACGCAUCUGUUCCCGACACGGCGGCAGUAGGGGGCGGGGUCGUCCCCCUGCCGGACACGGCUGCGGAUUCUGCGGAACCCCCCGUUGACGGGGAUGUUCCAAUGACCGCGUCGUCUUUGGGAGUGCCGGGCGUGGAGAGCAACGACCUCGGGAGCACCCCCGACGCUGCUUCUUCCGCUACCGGUACCGCGCCCGCCCCCGUACCGGGCUUGCCGUCCGACGAUGCUGGUGUGCCACCAGCCGACGUCGUCGUCCCGACUGCAGAUAACGAGAUCCCGGCAUCCGUCGGCGGUACUGACAGGUCUUCGGUCACCGCCGCCGGCAGCGCGGUUUUGGGGCCCCCGCCGUCUGCUGCGGAGGUACCGUUUUCCGGGGACAUCCCCCCUCUCAGCGUCGCUAUCCGGGAGAAGGGGGUCGCGGAGGUCGGCGGCGGCGGCGAUGCUUCUGACGCCACUGCGGCGGUACUAGACUUGGGGGGCGCCGCUAUCAACGAUGCCGUCGCUGCUGGGCAGUCGAACGACCAGCCAGACGAUGCUGAGCGGCAGACCCCGCUGGUGGAUGCCGGAUUGGCGGCUACGUUCGACGCACCUUCCUCGGCGUCGAAGAAGGGCAAGAAGAGCAAGUUCGGCUUCAGGACACCAUCGUUCCUGAGGAAGAGCAAGUCUUCAACCUCCGAGGUACCGGCUAGCGACGCCUCGGGAGGAGUUCCAUCCUCCGCCGGCGAUACGCCGCUUAGCUCCGUGUCCCUGGAAACCCCGUCGGGAGGGGUCCACGCCUCCACUCCGUCAUCCUCCGCGCAGUCAGUGGGAGGCGACCCGACAACGGAAGAAGGGGCUUCGACGGGCGCAUCCGCGGAGGCCAAGAAGCCCAAGAGGGGUCUGUUCGGCGGCCUGUCCCUCAAGAAGUCUUCGAGCAAGGGCAAGAGCAAGCUCGAGGUGCCGGAGGUGGCCUCGCCGAAUGUGCUCGCCGUCUCCGACACCGGCAGCUCACUCCCCCAAGCGCCUGAGCCCGUGGCCGAGCCUACUAGUGCAGCAGACGUCUCGGUGGUGCCUGACGGUGGUACCGCCUCGCUGCCCGAGGCGAGCGGGGGCCUCUUGGUGCCCGGCACUACGGAGGCGUCUAUCGACGGAGACCUGCCCGUGCCCCGCGGUGGCGUCUCUGUGCCCGAAAUCAGCGCGUCGCUGCCCGAGGAGAGCGGUGACGUCGCCGUUCCUGCCCUCGCCGUUCCCGGCACUACGGAGGAUCCUACCGGCGUACAUGUGCCCGUGCCUUGCGGCAACAUCGGCGCGUCGAUGCCCGAGGGGAGCGGUGACCUCUCGGUGCCCGGCGCUACGGAGGUGUCUAUCGGCGGAGGCGUGCCAGUGCCUAGCGGUGACGCCUCGAUGGCGCCCGACAUCGGCGUGUCGAUGCCCGAGGCGAGCGGUGACCUCACAGUGCCCGGCACUAAGGAGGUGUCUAUCGGCGGAGAAGUGCCCGUGCCUAGCAGCGACAUCAGCGCGUCGCUGGCUGAGGCGAGUGGGGAGAUCUCGGUGCCCGGCACUAUGGAAGCCUCCAUCGGCGGAGACCUGCCCGUGCCUAGCGGUGGCGUCUCUGUGCCCGACAUCAGCGCGUCGCUGCCCGAGGAGAGCGGGGACCUCGCCGUUCCUGCCCUCGUCGUUCCCGGCACUACGGGAGAUCCUACCGGCGUAGAUGUGCCCGUGCCUAGCGGCGACAUGAGCGCGUCGCUGCCCGAGGCGAGCGGGGACCUCGCGGUCCCUGGCACUGCGGAGGCAUCCAUCGGCACAGACGUGCCUGGCGGUGACGUCUCGGUGGUGCCCGACAUCAGCGGGUCGCUUCCCGAGGUGAGCGGGGACCUCUCGGUGCGCGGCACUAAGGAGGCGCCUAUCGGUGGAGACCUGCCCGUGCCUAGCAGUGACAUCAGCGCGUCGCUGCCCGAGGCGAGUGGCGAUCUGUCGGUGCCCGACACACAGGAGGCGUCCAUCGGCGGAGACGUGCCCGUGCCUAGCGGCUACCUCUCGGUGCCCGACAUGAGCGCUUCGCCGCCCGAGGACAGCGGAGAUGUCGUCGUUCCGGAUACCAGCGCGUCGAUCACGGGCGUUUCUGGAACGACCGCCGCCGAACCCGGUGCGGACCUCGCGGCGGUGUCCGGCGUUAGCUCUUCGGCGUCGCCCAUGGUAAGCGGGGACCCCCCCGUCCCGGACCUGACGGACUCGUCGCCACCAGGCAUUUCUGGAGACGUGGCUGCGCCUGACGCGGACCUUUCUGUGCCAAAAACGAGCGAUGACGAACAACCUUCCGCAGCGGAGAUUGUGAACCCUGGUAUCUUGGUUGUGGGCGAGGUAUCUGAGUUGGCAGACGAUGGGGCGCUGUUGGCAGAAGAAAUAGCCGCCGCCGCCGCCGCCACCGGUGCUGCUGUUACGGCCGGACUCUCUGAGCACGAGAACGGGGAGAAGCUCGGUCCGACAUCGGCUGUGGUAAAGCCGAGCGGAGACCCCGCCUUUGCCGCUGAUGGUGUGCCGCCGGUGUUGGCCGUCGUCCCUGCAGAGCCGAGCGCGACUAGCAUAGCCAUGGGAGACAUCCCGACGGUCUUGCGGGGAGAGGCUGAAAGGCCGUCGGUCGCCGUUGAGGAGGAGAAGAUGGAAGAGCUAGAGGAAUGUGGCUCGGCAGAACAAGAAGGCGGUUCGCCAGAAGUGGUGGCCCGGGCGCCAACGUUUACCGGCACCAGCAUCGCCAUGGGAGACAUCCCGGCGGCCGGGGCGAGACAGGCUGCAGUUGGAUCGCCGUCCGCUGCUGUUGCUACUGAGGAGAAGGAGGAGGAGCCAGAGAAAGGCGGUCCUCCGGAAGUGGUGACCCAGGCAUCAGUGUCUACCGUCGGCGGCGAUGACGGCCCGCCCUCGCAUUCUGAAGCAGCAGCAGCAACAGCAGCGAUAGUCCAUACCGGUGGAUCGGCUGCUUCGGCGUCUGCUGGUCAAUUGCAAGGCACGAAGGGAUCUGCGGCGGGGGAGGGGGCGGCGGACGCUGUCAACCAACCAGUGGAGGAGCCCACGGUGUUGCCCCUUGUGGACGGCCUUCCGGAGGACGGGGCCGAAGAAGAAGAAGCCGCAGGCGUGACCACUGCCGACGGCACCCCCGGUUCAGCAGCAGUCGAUAAAGUAGCAGUAGGCGGCACGGCAGACAACAUCGCGGACAACAUGGCGGCGGCGGACCAAGCAAUGGUUACGGGGGGCGGAGCGGUCACGGUUGGUGCCCUCGUAGACGAGGAGGUUUCUAUGGCGGCGGGGAAGGCCGGGCUGGAAGGGGACGACGACAGCCUCGCCUCGUGGCGGGGGGCGGUGGCGGAUGGUAGCAACGAUGGGGUUUCCCGUCCGGCCUUGAGCGACGACGACCCACGCUCGACGGCGGCGGCAGCGGCGGUGGUUGUUCCCGAGGUUCCCGAAAAUGCGUUGCCGCCUCCGGCCGCUUGUGUGGAAGACGAGGUUGCCCCGGUUAAGACGAUCGUGACGGCAGUGUCUGGUGGCAGCAGCAGCAACAGCAGCAGCAGUGCCGAUGGCAUGCCUCUGCCCGCUGCGUCCUUGGACGGCGAAGGAGCCACAGCCCCAGAGGCUUUGUCCGGCAGCAGGAGCGGCAGCACCGACGAGUUGCUGAUGCCGGCUGCCUCCCUGGACGAAGAAGGAGCGGGGAGGGGCGUGACCAACCCUAUCCUUAACGAUGGCGAUUCCGCGGUGCCGCCCGGGGCUGCGGACAAGGAGCAGCAUGCCCUCGCGGUGGAGGAGCAGUCGGCCGUGGCGGCGGGCCUCGAAGUGACGCACAGCUCGCCAGUGGAUGAUUCUUCCGCUCAUAACGCCGCCGCCUCCGCCGCCGUCGAAGUGACGAGGACUGCCCGCACUACCGUCGACGAAGAGGGAGGGGACUUGACGCCUGAGAUAAGCAUCGAGAAGAACGGCGGUGACGGGGCCGAAGAAUCAGCGGCAGCGGCGCCGGCGGCGGUGGGCCCGGCGCGGUUGGGCUACAGCGCCGGAGAGGCCUAUGUAGAGCUGAACAAAUCGAGCUCGCCGAUUGCGUCGCCACCCCACGGGAUAGACGGUGCGGACGAGAGGGGAGACGACAUGGCGACAGGGGCCGGGGCGCAGGAGGGGACCCAGGAGAGCGGGCAGGGACCAGCCAAUAGGGAUUCCGUGAGCCCUGGGUUGCCGACCGGCUACGCGACCGGCGGCUACCCCACCGAAGAGAGCAUGCCGUCACCUUCAGCCAACCAAGUCCCGUCAACCUCGCAGGUCCGGGCAGACGUUGGCGGGGGGAUCGAUGGACGGGCUCCGGCGGUAACCCCCCCCUCUGCCGGUGGAACGGUCCGAGAACCCGUCCGCCGCAGCGGGACGGCGGCGCCUCCCAAUUCCGCUCGAGGAGUCGCCUCUGGUGCCGGUGAGAAAGACUGGUUGGAUGAGCUCAUCGACAUGUUCUCCGACAAGUGUUCGACAUGUGUCGUCGAUGACGCCUUGUGAAAUUGUUUCUUUCAUUUGCGUCCUGCUGUGUACUGCUGCAUCGCGAGCUUCCCAGCCGUCGGAUUUCGCGCUUGAUUUUUUGUCUUGAAAAAAAAAAUCGUAGUUUAGCCCCGGCUGCAGAAAAAAUAUGAACAUGCCGAGGGCCAGAAAGUUCGGAAGGGUUGGAAUAGUGUGUAGCCUGGUCAGCUAGGGAUGGGGGCGGGGAGGCGGGGGGGGGGCGCAACUAAGACAACAAAAAAAUACGAUGAUCUUCUAUUUUUUGUAAUACAUUCAUCAGGUAUAUUUUCUUGGAGGGGCGUCCUCUCUUUUGACCUGCUUGUGUGAUUGAUAGCAUUCGUCAUAUGGCAUGACGUGUUUUAUAAACUCUAGGAAGGAGAGUGGCACAUGUAUUCGCGGUGUUCGCACAACGACCGGUGGUUGGAGGAUUGGGGGCGAGGAGACAGAUCUGUCCCCACGGACCUAUCGUGUCGUCAGCAGCGUUUUGCUGCACCUGAUACUUGACCUUGAUGGCGCCAAGCGAUUGUCAUCUUGUAUCAUCCGUCGUGCCGCUCGCGCACAGAAUGUCGGCAGCUGCGGUGGCGGAUUAGUUUUUGUACAGCGCAAGGUAGAACCGGUGAUAAAAGAACUGCGAAGUAGUAAAGGUUUUCGGUUUUUUUUUUCCCAAAGGAUUGUUGUCGCUGUCGCACACCGCGCGAUUGAGAGCAUUUCGCGGCGCCCCCUCAGUGGGGAAGACAAGCAGAGUCCGACAAGACUUGGAGGCAGGCGUAAAUUAACACGGGGUAGCGUGCAAAAUCCUUUUUUGUUUUAUCCCUUUCAACUUUUAUUACGUGACAAUUUUUUCUAGCAGAGUAAAUAGGUGUGUUUGGUGCGAAAAAACAAAUUAAUUUUUCGUGUGUGCUUUCUUAGAAGUAUCUGCUACAUGCGCGCGGUCUGUCGGGGGUUCGCGCUGAUUGGACAUAUAUUCAGACAGAGAAGCUUCGUCAAGCGGCAGGCUCAUCGAUGCGUGCUCGAUCUACGGUGUCGGUCAAGGCGGCGCCGUAGCGCCUGCAGGACUUUGUGCUGUGCCGUACCCAUUGAGAGCGUGGUCUCGCUUGAUCUGAACCAUGUUUGUUGACGAGAUCACAAUAGAGAAUACUGGCUCCCGACUCACCGCGAGUUCGUGCUUCAGUUUGUUGAGUACAGCGUAUGGUGCUUCCAGAUUCUCCGACGCCGAUUGUCACUUGGCACGACAAAAACAACACAUACAUCGUGAUAUGGUACAGCGCUGUUUCGUGUAAUAUUGCGAGUGUUGGGUUUUCGCCAAUGAGUUACUUCUGCGUCGUUAGGAUUGAUUCUCCCAUUGCACCAGAGAUGCUGCUAACAUCAGUGCUGAUUUUUGUAUAAGUGUAAGCUAGAAUCAAUUGUGGCUCCCAUAGCGAGCGGAUGGUCGGUAAUUUGCAACUCCUCAAAAAAAAAGCACGCUCGUUGAAUACUGGAAGUGGACACACCACACAUUUAAUUCCCUUCGCGUGCAUCGAUCCAUGGGGCAACAACUACGUUUUCUUUUUUUUUUAUUGGGUCAAGGCGCCGACAAGAAACCCUGUGGAGCAACGUCGCAAUGUGUUUUGUCGUUGGAUAUCCAGUUUUUCUUCUUUCAC